UUAACGUUUUGUGUACAAUAUGCAUGUUGGGCCUCUGGUGUGAAGCCGGAGAACCAUGAUGCAGCAGGUUAGCGCAUGUGUUUUCCGGUUUCCGUUUCCUGAUCUCAGCCGCAACAGAGACACGUGGACAGGUAUCCCUUGAUUUGACCCGCCAUGGCAGACACAGAUGAUUUCACCACUGGGGAUGCUGGAGCCUCUAACACUUACCCCAUGCAGUGCAGUGCCCUGCGCAAGAACGGCUUUGUGGUUCUGAAGGGGCGUCCCUGCAAGAUUGUCGAAAUGUCCACCUCAAAGACCGGCAAGCACGGGCACGCCAAGGUCCACAUGGUUGGGAUUGACAUUUUCAGUGGCAAGAAGUAUGAAGAUAUCUGCCCUUCUACCCAUAACAUGGAUGUCCCCAACAUCAAGAGGAAUGACUUCCAGCUGAUCGGGGUCCAAGACGGGUAUCUGUCUCUGCUGGCGGACAACGGGGAUGUCCGCAACGAUCUCAAAGUUCCAGACGGUGACCUUGGCAAAGAGAUGGAACUGAAGUUCGGUAACGGGGAUGAUACUCUGGUCUCUGUGCUGUGUGCAAUGGGGGACGAGUGUGCCGUGGCCCUCAAGGCUAUGUCAAAUAAAUAAGACGAGACUUGGUUCCAAGGCUGAGACUUCUUGUACAACAAAUCUUACAUUUUGGUUCUAAUUCUCACCAAAGCUAUGGCCUUCACAUACAACAACCUCAAAUUGCUUCUCUUGUUUGCUUUUGGUUUUCUCCUCUUUUCCCCUAAAACUUUGCUGAUGGUUUUCACUUGAGGAUUUUAUCAUUAUUCUUUUUUUGACUUCAUUCCUUUUAAUUUUGCUUUCAAGAUGUUAGUCUUGGUACUCACAUUCCUGAAUGUUUAAAAAUUUUGUAAGACAAUUUUUUUAAUUUAUAUAUAUUGACUGAAUAGCUUGCAGAAUUUAUGCCUUUUUGGGGACAAUAUGCAUUUCAGUUUUAGGGGGGGGGGAGGGAGGAAGGAAGGAAGGAGACCUCUGUCCAUGCGGGUCAUUUCCGCUCCCUACAUGGUGCCCGUUGGCAACGGCUAUUAGUACUGAUAGCAUCAUUGAACAGAUUCAUCCAAGGGGAAUGCUAGAAUAUUGGUUUUCAGCACUUAAUAGCAGCCUAUUGGGCACUGCCAAAACAUUUAAUCUCCUAUUUCUGUGACCAUUUUGUUUUUCUUAAAUGCCAGUAUCCUCUUCAAAAGCCAGGAAAGACGUGAUGGCCAUGCACGAUUACCACUGUACAAGACGCCAGAUCAUUGGUCGUCAUUUGGCAACAAUAAAAUAAAAAGAAUGUCGAAGCCUGUAUGGGUCUCAUCUUGGUAGGCUUCCCUGAGUUUUGUGUGGACGCGUUUUGUGUGGACUCAAUCCAGGGGAAGGGGCGUUAAGUUGCAAACCUUUUUUCACCGAGGCCUUUAUCACCAACUGGAGAUGGAGAGAAAAAAGAAAUAAAAUAAAAAAAGUGGGAAAAUAAAAUGGAAAAUCUUUCCAGUUGCUCAUUUCUUUUAUUGUAUUUAUCAUGCAGUUAUAUUAAAAUGACUUGGGUCCCACUCCCCACUUUC